GUGAUACAGGCUUAGUUAUGAAAACACGUUCAGUAUUAAUAGUGCAUAUUUAUUAGUAAAAUUGGAAAUAGUGGAAUUGUAAUCAAUCAAUACUUUGAACGCACUAGCUAACAGCAAUGCAUUAUUUUAUGUGAUUUACACUACUAAAUUAGUAAUCAUCAUAGACUCUGUGGUAUUGAUCUGAAUAUGAAACAUUUAUAAGGUUUGUCCAGUUGAAUGGUACUACUACUAGUAGAAAACGGAAAACUACUAUAAAUAAAAAUUAACGAAUGGCGAAGCCUGUAAAGGGAGGAUACUUGCUGAGGCAUAAAAAGAGACUGUUCGGGCGAGCGUGGCGGGAGGAGUGGGUGGUGCUGUACGAAGACUCCACACUCGCCUGGUUCAAGGAGAAGGGCCGAGGGGAGCCCGAGGGCAGUGUCGUGGUCAAGGAUGCUCCGGAGAUGUUGGCGGUGAGCCAGUGGACGCUUCGGAUACCCGGCAGACCUGUGCUACCCUCAGGGUGUCACGUGGUACAACUGAUGGCCUUCGGGACCCGCGGGGGAGACAAGGUCCAUUGGCUGUUGGCUCAGAGCGAGGAGGAGGUCAACCUUUGGAUGACAGCUAUUAGUAAUACGUUGCCGCCGCCUCCCCAGACGACCAAGCCGCCUGAUGACAAGCCUGCCACUUCGCCCGCCGAUCCUGAACACCCGCGACUGCCUCCCGUCCAGAUAUACAACUCGGUGAACGGCGAGCGACCCGCUAUCAUCAGUACCGGGGACGUAGGGGGAGCACUGCUGCUGGGCGCCGCCAUCAACUGGGGACAAGGGCUGGGGUGGAGCUGGGCACCCUCACAGUGCCGUGCUCCCCACCACUGCUGCUGCUGUGACACGGCGCCCCACCAACACGACGUCAGCCACAACCAGUGCUGCGGUUGCGACACGGCGCCCCACCAGCACGACGUCACCCAAAACCAGUGCUGCUGCUGUGACACGGUCAACUGUGACACCCACACGGUCGCCCACCACCACGACAUCCUCUACGACACCUGCAACGGCUUCGACGACGUUGAUUACAGCAUGGAUUGCAGCGGGGACUUUGGCUUUUAAUGUACCACUUCAGUAGGUGACAAUUUUCCCACGGUCUGACGUUCAGGACUGAUGUACUGACGCUACUGUGUUCAUCAGAACUGAGAGCUGGACUCUCGGUUCUAGAUUUUGAUUCUCGCCGAGGACAUUUAUGGUUUCCUCGAUGGUGUCCCCCUUUCGAUGUGAUCGCAUUCGUGGCCAUUUCAAUGGUGGGAGGAUGUAAACAAAGAGUAACGAUUACGACGCAGACAAUCCUUUCUCGUGUUAUUCCUUACGUGUAUGGUCCGUUAGCGUUUCUGUAAGGGGCUCUGACUUGUAAUCUGCGUGUUAUGGCUGGUUGUUUCGCCAUGAAAUUCCGGGUAAAAUUCUUGAUCGGGUUUCUCUUAUUAUCCCAGCUGUGUUGGAAUAAUAAAACACCAGUAGGAGCGGUGGGACGUAGACUCCCAGAACACUGUUGACCCAUUUGUCAGUCACCAACCUAACCAAUGUUGUACGGUAGAAAUAGAUUCGACAACCCAAAAUGAUAAGUGUUCACAGCCAUUGAUAUGUCUGUCUUUUAUUCGUAGUGCUCGUCGAUUUGUACCUUUUUAUACCUGAAAACCGAAUUUUUUAAAUUUGUACUGAGCGGUUUACCCGUGUUUUGCCAAUAUUUAUUGAUUGCCAAUUUAUGUAAAUAGUACCGCAUUGUUAGUCAAACUCAAGCUAAUAGUGUUAAGUUGUAUUGGAUACGUGUGUUGUUAACUACAAUGAAAUCGUCUAUCUUAAUAAUAUAUUGUUGUUGAUAAUAGCAUAUUAUGUAUAUAUAAAAAUAUUGUAUAUGAUAGACUGGUUAGUGUUAUAUGUCUUAUCGUAAGGUUUCGUUGUAUGCGUAACUAACGAGCUGUCUGGAGAUUACUUGGCAGACUAGCAUCGAUUCGUUUACUAAACUACCGAUUGGCCACAAACUAUAAUCUUUUCUCUCAGUAUUAUAUUUAUGUCCUUGUAGAAUCAAACAAUAACUAGUUAUUGCAUUCCCUCCGUAAACUAUCGAGUGGUGUCUGGACAGCCUUUACGUACACGUUUGAUCUGUUUAUUAGAUAUUCUCGUAGAUGCUGGUACAAGGAGUAGAACAUCAAAAUGUGUACAAAGUAAGAUUGAUGUUCCCAUUUUCUGUUUUAGCUAUUGAAUUUGACGUGUAGAAAUAAAUACCACAGCACAGGAUAUUUUUACUGUACGUAUUUAUUAAAUUAAACGAUGAGGUCUACGAAUAUACUCGUAUCUGGUAGUGUGUCAUUUUGCUAGGUUCAGAGUCAAGAAUAUUACAUCAAAUCCGUAAUGAAAUAGUUUUUAAAAAUACCCUGGUAGCAUAUAGCUAGCUAUAAUUAUUGAGGUUAUGUUAAGUGACAAAAUGUUCACUUUGAAUUUGCCGUAACUUGAUAAGAAUUAAUGUUAUUAUUCAUUAUUGUAAGACGCUGAAUAGUUUUAAUAUACAACUUUGACUAUGUCAGAUAAGAUACAUAGCACCCAGUUAUCAAAUUAAACUUUUUUCAUGUAUAUGCAUUAUUCAUAAGAUAGGUUUUCAAUAAUGUGAUAAAUCGUAUAUUUCCAACACAAAAGCAUCAAUUUCUAAUACCUACAUACGGUGUAAAACUGUACUCGUCGUUUUAAAACUAACGAGACACCUUCGCUCUAAAAAUGGCGUUAAAAUUAAUUAUUACGUAAUAAAUCAACAGGUUGGAGUGCAGUGAAAUGCUCAGGGAGCAGUGUGUUAAUUUGUUUUGUUCGUGAGUAAAUAAACAAAGGAACACUGCAUGAACAAGGCAACCCUUUUAGCACACUACACCACACCUUGUAAACAGAGUAAUAUAUUAUAGUGCUCCAUAGAGGAGUGAAUUAUUCACAAUGUUGGACGGUAUUAGGUAGGAUUUAUCCACAUUCACAUCCAAAUGAAUUGAAUGAAAUAUCGAGAGAUGUCAUAUAACAUUCAAAAGCUUAACGAAACAACAUCCAACGUUUUCAUCAGUGAAACUCUGAUUUUAUAAUAAUCCUUACCAUAAAAUACAAGAGCUUAGUGUAAAAAGUUUCUGGCGUCUGAUUAUUGGACGAAAUGGUAUAUUUAUUCACACUCCCUGAGGCACAAGAAGAUAAUAACCGAUCAAUUAAUUAUACAUUCAAAUUGAAUUCCGGUACUAUUGAGUAAUUUGGUAAACAUUAGUUUGAAAUAUGUACAUUUUAAUAAGUCUCCAAACACUUACAAUCAGUUAGACGCCUGUACAGUUAUAAAUAAAUAAUAACGCAGAGAUGCAAUUUAAAGAAAAUAAAAUACAAAUUUGAGUUUCAUGAAGAUGAUAAACAAAUGAUACGUUUCCAAGACUCUGUGUAUAGUGGUUGUAACGAUGUUUAUACAUACGUUGUACGUGUUUUAUUUGUAUGUACAUACACUUUAUCGAUACUGAACUAUCGAUGUUAUAUAUAUCGACUGUAGACGUGUAGUUCCCCAGGCGAGACCCCGCCAUGCAACUCUCACUCACCCGAUACUUUAUAUGAUAACGUAAAACGUUUUGGUUUUAUAUUAGUUCGUAAAGAAGAACAUAUUGUAAUUGAAACACCAUGAAAUGUAGAUAAAUAUAAUAUAGGGGUGACUUACGCUGUAUAUGUCUAGGUUAUGUUGUCCAGAGCCCAGCUUUAGGGUAUCUGUUCGUAUAAGUGUGAAUGUGUUGGUAAAUCGACUGUAAUAAUGCUCGCUGAAUCCAUUUGUAAGAAAUAAAUCUAUAAUACAGUUUUUAUUAAUGAAAAAAUACAAAAAAGGACAGUUACAAAACUUUUGUAUUAAAUGCAUCAUUAGUUUUAAAGCUAUUCAUUUUUUGCUUAUAAUAACUUUUCUUUGCUAUUUUCUACCAUUAAAAUUACCAUUAAAUAAAAAUAUUUCCUUUAAAACGCCAUUAUUAGAAUAAUAAUAAAAUGCUCAAAAUUGUAUACAUUUAUAUUGUUAAGUUUAAAUUGGUCCUCAAUGAUUAAUAAUAAAAUGUUGUAUGUACUAUUAUAUAAAGCUACACAUUUACAAUUAUUAGAAAAGAAUAUUUAAUUUCCAAGAAUAUGAUGUAUAGGAAGAAAAUUAGUUUGAUGAUCAUACAUAAAUAUAUUUAUUACAGUAACACCCGGGUAUAUUAAAGGGGGAGGGGAAGUAGUUUCGGAUAACCAGUUUUUGCCAAAAAUAAUCUGUUAUAAUGGGUGUGUAGGGGAAACGAAUUACAUACCAUUUAUGUACGUAAGGUAUAGCCUACCUUUGGAAUGAUAGCAGGAGUGGAGAUGCCAAUAGCGAGUCGGAUGUGCAAGGCUUUAAAUGAGAGUUCACUGGCUUUAUCGUCCUGUAUCUGUUAUCCUCUUCAAUCAACCAUAGCCAGUAAUAUAUUUCAAACAAAGACAAUUAGUUUUGAAACAAUGGUUUCAGUUUUUAGUGCCGUAUCUUCAACCUGUAUAUCUAAUCAUGAAUUUAAGUUUGUCUCAAAAACACUCCUGGUUUAAAAAUGAAUUAAAAAAUAUGUUUUAAAAUAAUUAUAUAAUUAUUUGGAUCUAUAAGUAAAAUAUUAUACAUUUUUAAUGUCUAAAAAUACUUGCAACCCAUUAAAUAAACCCUAAACAAAACAUUUCCGUACGUUGGGGUUGUUAGAUAUUCCAACUAUUUUGCAAAGAAAUAACUAAACAUUUUGUAGAUUUUUUAAUUAAUUUCGUGUCUAAUAAUAGCUAUUUUAAAUUGUUGUAUGUUCAAGUUUAACUGAAUUUAUGGAUCUUAAAACAAGGCCAGGAAUGACAAUUUGUAGACUUUCAGUACAAGUUUGAAAGUGUUUGAAUUCUACUGCUGCCAGGAAGUCCAUUCAUUAAAUUGCACUUGUUAAAAUCUUCAAGAUAUUUCAGUAACUUAAGUUCUCUCUGAAAAGUUAGUGGACAUGUUGAGCAAAGUUCAGUCUCGUCUUUCACGGUAAACUGGUCUUUAAUGAGAUUGAAUUAAAUUACUUGGAUACGACAAUAGGCUCCAACUUGGCUGGACUCGGAGAGAACAAUUUGUCCAUUUCAGUUCACAACUGAUCUCCAGUAAACUGUUGUAGCAAUUUAACUGUUGGGGAUUUAUAGAACAUUUUAUUGUUGGGGGAAAAGGUGGUUAAACUGUGCUUACUACUUUUCUUUCUCGAACUUUUCGUUUUAUAAACAUAAUUACUUCUAAAAUGUCUGUAGUUUGUAUAAUUAUGUAUUAUUAUUACUAUUAUAUAAUUAAUAAUAUUUCCUGCUUUUUUGAAAGCAAAUAUACAUUAAAAAACUUGAGUAUAAAUCAAUAGUUAUACAAUGAUACAUUUCACCGAAAAUACUAUAUGAUAUUUAAUCAUAGUUAUCUUUAAAAUUUUUAAAAUAAUUAUUUUAAAGCAUUUUUAGUGCAAUUUUUUUUAUUUUGUCGCCAAAAUCACCAAUAUUUUAACUUUAAUUCAAGCACUACUUUAAAUUCAAAAUAGUACUUUCAAAUUCAAUUCUAUUACAGCAAAUCAUGUGAUACAUGUCGCAAAACAUUUUUUAAGAUAUAUUAUGAAAUAAGUUAAAAUUAUAUAUCACUUAUCCUCGAGUUUAAAAAACAUGUAUUUCUCACGUUUCAUAUAAGUUGGUAUUAAAGAGAUUAGAUAGAGUCGAGUGUGAAGCGUUUACUCCAAACGCUGAUUAAAUAUAAUUUUUAUUAUUGUUAAAAAGUGCCGUACACAGUAAUUUAUAAAACAUCAAUUGAUUCAGCGAGCAAAGGUCUUACCUGAAUAUACUAGUGUAAUUCUUAUUCAAUGAUGUAAAAAUGUAUUCAUAACUCUCCCUUCUAAAUAACUUUUCACAUUUUUGUUAUUUAAAUAUUAUUUAUGCGAUUUAUGAAGAAAAUAAUCAAUAUUAAUUGUUGUUUUACAGUUUUUUUUGUGUAAUUAAAAACCCGAUGUGCAUGGGCUGUAAUAUAAUUUAACACAGGUUUCCGUUAUCAUGUUAUUUUAAUUCUUUAGUGAGAUAACGUUUUAGUUGACGAAGGUAUGGAAGUUUUAGUUCUUAGGAAGUUUUAUGGACCUAGAAACUUUCCCUGCCCAUUCUUGUUCUGUUUCGUACAUAUUUGUAGCUCUAGGAAUGAGGGUCCAUUUUCUACAUUCCAAAUGUUAUCUAUUUUUCUGAAUUGUUGUGAAUCUUACGAAUUCACGCACAAAGUAUGUAAUGUAGAUCUAUUGUAAAAUGUACAUAGCGCCGUACAUGUUUCUACAGUGUACAUAGAGAAUUUGUUGAUGCCAUGUUUACAAUUAAUUAGUCAAUGUUCCAUUGAGCCCGAAAUAGUGUGUUUAUAAUGUGUUGUUUCCGAAAAUAAACAGUGAAAACCAA